GGGCAAUAACUUUUUCCGUAUUUGGAAUUUGAGCACUCGCAAACCCCUAUUUGGCUAAGAUUACUCGUUUCGAAUUCAUGGUCCACAUACUGACACUCAUAUCCUGCUUCUUCUUCCUGCUAAGUUGGGACCUUCAAUCCUCCUCCAUCCACAGUAAGAAAAAAGAGGGAAACAAAAAGUAGCGAUCAUGGAGGGUGGAAUAAAUUUGAAGCCAAUGGACGCAGAACAACUAAGAGAGUGUGGUCAUGAAAUGGUUGAUUUCAUUGCCGAUUACUACAAGAACAUCGAGAGCUUCCCAGUUCUCAGUCAAGUCCAGCCAGGUUACCUGCGUGGGAUCCUCCCAGAAUCUGCACCUACUGACCCAGAGACAUUGCAAGAUGUUCUUCAAGAUGUCCAGACAAAGCUAUUGCCGGGAGUAACACAUUGGCAAAGCCCGGAUUAUUUUGCAUAUUUCGGCUCUAAUAGUAGUGUGGCAGGAUUUCUUGGGGAGAUGCUUAUUUCUGGGAUUAACAUUGUGGGUUUCAGCUGGAUAACUUCUCCAGCAGCAACUGAACUUGAAAUGGUUGUUUUGGAUUGGCUUGCUAAAGCACUCAAGCUGCCUGAUGCUUUUCUUUCAACCGGACAUGGUGGAGGAGUAAUACAAGGUACAGCGAGUGAAGCUGUUCUUGUUGUGCUUUUAGCCGCUCGAGACAAAAUUUUAAGAGCACUUGGAAAAGAGUUUAUAAGCAAGCUUGUGGUUUAUGCUUCUGAUCAGACUCAUUCUUCUCUACAGAAGGCCUGCCAGAUUGCAGGAAUAUAUUCAGAGAAUUGUCGUUAUAUAAAGACAGACUCAUCCACUGAAUAUGCUCUUUCUCCAAACUCACUCAAUGAAGCUAUAUCUGAAGAUCUGGCAGCUGGUCUAGUCCCCUUCUUCUUGUGUGCUACUGUUGGUACUACAUCAUCUACUGCCAUUGAUCCCUUACUUGCACUUGGGAAUAUUACGAAGAGUAAUGGGAUGUGGUUUCAUGUGGAUGCUGCAUAUGCUGGAAGUGCAUGUAUAUGUCCUGAAUUUCGCCAUUAUUUGGACGGUGUAGAAGAAGUGGACUCGUUUAACAUGAAUGCACAUAAAUGGCUCCUUACAAAUUUUGACUGUUCUCUACUUUGGGUAAAGGACCGAAGUGCUCUGAUUCAGGCUCUAUCCACCAACCCUGAAUAUCUUAAGAACAAAGCUUCUCAAGGAAACCUGGUGAUAGAUUACAAAGAUUGGCAAAUUCCUCUUGGACGCAGGUUCAGAUCGCUGAAAUUAUGGAUGGUUUUAAGACUGUAUGGGUUGGAGAAGAUUCAAGCAUAUGUGAAGAACCAUAUAGAAUUGGCUAAACUGUUUGAAGAAUUUGUUUCCCAAGACUCUAGAUUUGAGGUUGUGACCCAAAGAAAGUUUUCAUUGGUGUGCUUUCGGCUUCUGCCACCUCAGAAGGAUGAUGAAGCUCUUGCAGACAAACUCAACCGCGAUCUUCUUGAAUCUGUUAAUUCCUCUGGGAAAAUGUUUAUUAGCCACACUGUUCUUUCCCAUAAAUAUGUUCUGCGCUUCGCCGUGGGAGCUCCACUUACAGAAGAGAGGCAUGUGGUUGCAGCUUGGAAACUUUUGCAAGAUGGGGCUACUUCAUUGUUAAGCAAAGCUAUAUGAGUGAUUAGAGGAUAAUACCCCCCUCCACCCUCCAUUUCUUUCACCAGUGUUCAAUUCCACUAAUUUGAUUGUAACCAAUUUAAAACCAUCAACUUUGGGUUUAAAAGUUUAACUAUUGAGUGUAGUAGAGUCGAUGAAAUUUCAAAUCAUAAAUCUAAAUCCCUAACUCAAAUUUUAA